AUGUGUGAUUUUCUAGUACAUCGUACACAUUUAUAUAAACCACGUCUUUCAUCAAUAUUAAGUUUAGCUCAUAAUCAUCAUCAAAAUUCAUCAUCAAAUCAUUUAUUAGCUGUACUUCGUUCUGAUCAUUCAAUUGAAUUAUGGAAUACUCAUGAUUCAUUUACACUUGAACGUACAAUUCAACCACGUAAUGCAUCACAUUCACCUGAACUUGUUCUAUGGCUUGAAAAAUAUUUAAUAACAGCUGGUCUUGAUGGACAAUUAAUAGUUUAUGAUCCAAUAACAUUUGAAAUUUUAACAUCAUGUCAUGCAGCUGGUGGUGCUAUAUGGAGUAUAACUAAACAUGAAACAACUCGACGAAUUGCUGUUGGUACUGAAACUGGACAUGUAAACAUUUAUCAACUUGAUGAAGAUGCUAGUCAAUUUUCUCUAGCUACAUCUGUAUGUAAACAAGCUGCACGUAUUGUAUCAUUAGCAUGGCAUACAACAGAUGAUGAUUUUCUUGUUGCUGGAAGUAUUAAUCGAAUAUAUAUAUGUUCAACAAAACAAAAUCGUGCUAUUCAACAAAUUAAUGUUGGAAAAUUAUCUUCAACAUCAAAUAGACGUGGACAAAAAGAUACAAUUAUUUGGUGUUUAGCUGUAACUGAUGAUUAUACUGUUUUUAGUGGAGAUUCAUCAGGUCGAACAUGUGUAUGGGAUGCUGUUUAUGGUACAUUAAUUCGGUAA